UUCGCUCUUUACACUCCACACACAAAUAAAGUAAUCUUUACAACAACCCGAUUAUGUGUUAACAAUUGCGAAUUUUGUAAUAUUACUUAUGAAUAUAAACACAAAUAUUGUGCGAGUUUAUCAAAUUUAUUUGUUAAAGACAGAAGGUUGGAUACGCCAAACAAAGGAUAAACCUCAGAUUGGAGAUCAAGUUCGCCGCUACAUCCCAAUAAUAUUUCAAGAAAUAACCGCAAAAAUGUCAACGACAAGCCUCGCCUACGCCGUGUGCAUUGCAAUGAUCAUCAAUCUCUUAUCAGUGGACGCCCUGCGAUGCCAUCAGUGCAACUCCCAUUUGAAUGAGGACUGUUCCAGUUUGUUGGUGAAUACACCACGGGCCCAGCGUGAUGACCAGUUUCUGAAGGACUGUGCGCCCCGUGGCGAGAAGGAGGCCUUCUGCCGCAAGACUGUGCUGAAGUUCGAGGUGAACGGGGAGCAUCGCAUCGAGCGAGGCUGCGGCUGGAUCGAGGAGAAGAUGCAGAAUGCCUGCUUCACUGCCGACAAUGAGGGAUACAAGCAAACCAUAUGCACCUGCAACGAGGAGGGCUGCAACGGUGCCACCUCCCUCCUGGGGCCACAACACACUCUGGCAGUCGCUGCCAUCAGUCUGCUCAUCGUCCACCUCAUCAGACACUAAACUUUAGUCGAAUCAUUCAUCUGAAGCAUCCUUAAAAGUACGAGUACCUUAUGUUUCUUUUCUAUUAUGCCAUAUAAGUAAUGUUAUGUCCACAGGCGCCCCAUCUGUCCGGCAACUGUUUUUGCGUUUAGUUUUGUAUUUCUAUUUAAUUUCUAUGAAAAUAUAAGCCUUACAUUUAUCAAAAAUA